AUGGAGACAGCAUCAGGAUUGUGGGGACGAAUCAAGAGGACGGUAUGGGAGACGAAAGUACACAGCGAGAUCGAAAUUGCCAAAAACGUCGAGGGGGUUAGAGAGAAGUUCCUCCAAUUCGACCUGAUACCCCAAUACCACAGCGGCUUCAUUCUAUCACUGACACCAAUGCCACUUGGUAAAACCGGCGCAGAACUUGUCCCAGGCGAUCGUAUGCACAACAAACUCGGCGGCAUCGUAGCACGACCAACAAUCCUAGAAAACUCACCCACAGCAUUUCGCUGGCGCGGACCUUGGCCUUACACUUACCUCAAUCUUCUAUGCGGCUGGCAUACAUUUAAGUUUGAGCCGUCGAAAACAAACCCUGGACAUACGCUAUUUACUCACGAGGAAACUUUCACCGGACCGCUCGCUUGGGUUAUGGGAUUGGAAACUCCAAAUAGGAAGACCUUAGUUAAGUUUUACAAGUACAACACAGAUUUCAGAGCUUGGGUCGAGGAGGGGGUGAUGAACGGCGAGAGUGCAAAUGCGGAGGAUGGUGAGGAUAUGAGUGACCAUGUUGGAGAGUCUCUGAGCAAAGACAAACCUGUUCCACUGAUUACGAUCAAGGAGGUGAAGUAG